GCAAUAACAACAAAAAGGGCAAAUAUAGAAGCAACAAAGCAGCAAAAAUGGGUGUAAGUUUGCAAAAAUAUUUAAAAACUGCAUAAAAGUGAUAAAAAUUGUUUAAAAGUGUCAGUAAAGCAGUAAACAUAGGUGGGAAGUGUGAUAAGCAACAAAAAUGUAUUGAAUGUGAAUAAUUUCAACAUCAGAAAUGAAUAAUUUCAACAUCAGAACCCAAUAAUGGCGUUACACUUUUUAGUUUCAAAAUAAAGAACUGUGACCAGUGCUACUGAUCCAACAUGAAGUUCAGGGACUUUUAUUUUGAAAUGCAGAGACAAAAACAGUUUGUAGCAUAAUUUAUUUAACUCCUCUGAGAUCAAGGUUGUUAUAUGAUACAAUAAAUUACACAGUUAAUAAAAAGUUGCUGUUCCAGUGACACUACCAUGACUUUUAAUUUCUUAUGGAACUUGGGGGACUGCCCAGGGUCUUUAAAGAUCAAAUCCACACCAGUAAAUCUGAUAUUAAACGUCUUUUUAUUCAUUUUUGAAUUAAUUUUCUAUCAUUUCUUCAGCUAGCAGCUAAUGCAAAAUGCCAUUUUGUAACCCACAAUGCUUUGUGAUAGGCUGUGACAACCAAUGGCAGGUUGUUCCGUCAUACUUCUUAGAUCACUUUUUAAAAUUCAAAUGUCGUUUCUGCAGCACACAGAUUCUAAUUGUUGAGGUUUUCCUAAAAAAAAAAAAAAAAAAGACGUUCCGAGCUUGACUGUGCACCUCAGGGUUGAUGUUUAACAAGAUUUUUAAGACAGUAAGUCCAGGUGAGACACAAUGGUUAGAAAACAACCCUAGGGUUCAGAUGGAUGACUCCAGCUGACACUCUUGGCAAAGUGAAAUUGUUUGUAGAUCCUUUUUAAGUAAAGACAGAAACAUUUCUUUUCAGCCACAUGUGGGUGAGUACACUGUCCAUGUCAGGUGGUACAACAAGGUAAACAGCUACAUUUUAUUUUACCAAUUUAUAUUUGAUGAAGGCUAGCAAGCAUCAGCACAUUAAAACCCUUUUAAACAGAUGCUAGUGAGGCAUGCAUACAGAAACUUACCAGAGUAUGUUACACAUAUACAGCCAGACACUGUUAAACAAUAAUGCACAAAUGAAAGUGUAUUUUCAUAAGCACUGCUGCUCAUAUAUUUGAGUUUUCCUGAGCUCCUUUUCCGUCAGUGUGCUGCACAGGCUCACAGAUAAUUAGAUCAGUACUAUCACUUUCACUGUCCCUUUUCUCCUCAGGAAUUAACAUAAGAAAGAAUUUUUUUUCACUCCUCUGCUGCUUCAAACCUUUUUUCGCUCUUAAAUGAGCCUGUGCCUCACCUCAGUUUGCACUUCUCUGCUGUGAUGUUAAACCUGCACAGCUCCAAAUUUAACUAAGAAUUUAAAAAAAAUAUGAGACCUCUAUUGUUAACAAACAGAAAAAUAUGUGCACAUUGCAUGUAGGUCUGUUCUGUUAAAUCCGGUUGAAUUCCCACUUAAAGAGGGAUAAGUGCUGGCAACAAGUGCCUGGCUCUCGCACACAUCCUUCAUUGUGUUCACUGCUGUCCAAGAAACUUCCUGUAAAUACGUUAUUGUUUACAACAAAAGUUUCAUACCCAGGAUUUCUUCAGGUCAACAUUUCUUCUAGCACACUAAGCCUGAACUGCACUUUAUUCCCCUUUAAUUUAACAGCUCCGGCAGCUUUUCUAGUUAAAUCGACUGUUCAUUAUUGAGACCCAUUUUACGAAGGGGCUGUGAGGUGCAAUUUAAUGAAUCUCUGGCACAAAGCUCCCUUUCACUGCCGGGCGAAGAAUAGAGGCUAUUUAGACCCUGUAGGGCUUUAUGUCAAAGGCAGCCCAUAAUAGUUGUCAGGCCAGGGCAGAAAUUCCCACUGGCCUGGGAAUGCGCUAGAAAUCAACUUUUGCCAUGAGCAGAUUAAGACACAAGCAAGCAGUUGGGAAGAUUCUCCCAAAUAGUGGCAUCUGUUUGGGCACAAAGAUUUUCCCACAGAAAAGAAGCCUUUCUGUCUACUGUAGAGCCGCCGUUUGAUAGCUGGGUUUGUUUCAGCACCUUAAAGAGAGCAGUAAUUAGAUUAGCUGCUGACUUCUGUGUAGUCGUCCAGGAAUGAAACACUGAGACGUAAAAAAGUGAUUCCCAGGAUUUGUGGGACUUUUAUGAAAAAACUGUUGCUUCUGUUUUAACUUUAAAAGAUUGUGUCCAGCUAAAGUCCUCACCCUGUGAGGAUUUGAAAAGCUUUUUCAGCUCACUGUUACAGUAACAGCCCCCAGAUUCAUGAAAGCGUUUUUGGUUCAAAGCACACACAAACAGUUAAACUGAGGGGGAGAGUUCUGACGGAGGUUAUUGUCUUCAACUCAGCAGGGAAUUUCAGACAAAUCCCUCUUAGAUGCAGGUGGUCGGCCACAAGCAAAGAGUUAAGUCCUGCGGUCCCUUUGCCCCUCCUCUUUGAUGUUCUGACAUCAUUAGCCCGGCCCCCUGAAAGAUCUCCUCGCCUUCCUCAGAGCCCGUCACUUCAACUCGGGAAUGUUUACAGGAACUCCAUGAGCAGCAUCAGGACCAAGUGUUUAUCCGAGAUAAAAAGAAAUGCUCUGAGGAAACUUUGGGUUCAGGGAUCACAGCGGAUGCCACAGGUGUAGCCGCUGGGCUCAACAGAGUAAUGGCUGUUCAGACUGCAAUCAUGAACCCUCAGUUCAUGAAUUUCUGCUUCCCUGGUUCUGUAAUGGAGUACGACAUGGAGAAAAGUCUUGAUGGGAGUCUCCUUGGAGAGGCAGAAAAUGAUGAGGACUACAAAGAGACCACCCGGGACCUGCUGAGCUUCAUAGAUUCAGCCUCCAGCAACAUCAAGCUGGCUCUGGACAAGCCGGUGAAAUCCAAGAGAAAAGUCAACCACCGGAAGUAUCUCCAGAAGCAGAUCAAAAGAUGCACCGGCAUUAUAACACCGGGGAACGCCGCAGAGGCCCCAGUUAAAAGACAGAGCUCCCCCGUGGCUCAGCCCAGCCCUUUGCAGAGCAAAACUCUUCCUAAACGGGACGGAGUGCAGGCCAACUUGCAAAGCAAGAGCUUGGCAGCUCUCUUCAGCCCUGUGAAGGAUGUAAGGGGUGAGAAAGCCAAGAAACCGCCCUUGAGGCAUCGCAAUCUGCCCCCCUCCUUCUUUACAGAGCCUGCCAACUGCUCCAAAGUCAGCUCCACAUCUGGGAUGACGCUGAAGGACUUGGAACGAGGAAAUCCUGAGGCGGCAGAGUUCUUCGAGCUCCUGGGGCCCGAUUACAGCAACAUGGUCAGUGACCAGGACCUUUAUCAAAGUGUGCCUCUGCGAGUGCAGCCAGAGAUGACAGGCCCAGAUCCUGCUCUGUACGAUGCUCACCAUUUAGUCGGUGGUCUUCUGUACUCUGAGCCCUGGACUAGCUGCUCAGGACCCUCUAAAAAAGCAGGGGGCAGCCUGCGGACAGGCCCGGCCCAGCCUCCUGUGUACUGUCCCUCUGAAGCUGCUGGGGCCGUGGAGGACAGUGCACUUUGCACUUUGGCCUUCCCUAACUUCUUCACAGACUGCUCCAUACCUCAGGUCUCCUAUGAUUUAAGCGGUGGUUAUAACAGAGCUAAUUAUUCAUCUCUAUGAGAAACUUUGUGUAGUAGUGCUGGAAGAGAGAGGAUGACUUUAACACUAGAUUACCAGUUUGAUGUUGUAUUUGAUUUCCCGUAUGUAUAAGAAAUACUGCAGCUGGAUUCAAACAUCAUAGAACAACAAAACCUGACUUUCCCCGGGAGCAGUGUCAGCUGUUUUCAUUAAAAAAAAAACAUCCAAAGCUUAUUCAGUAUCUGGAGACUGUACUUUAUUACUCUGCUGUAGUUUGGUUAAUGUUCAUUUGUAUAACACUUGGCUCUGAUUGGAUGAAAAGUCACCAGGGUUCAGUCAUGCUCAUGCUUUCUGUUUCAUAUUUUACUAAAAGCACACAAGCUUCAAAAGUUUUUGUUUGGUCACUGCCACUUCACAUUGCCUGUUGUAGAAAAUGAUAUCACAGUGUUUUGUCACAUCUACUUGACAAAAUAUGCUGCAACAAUCUCAGCGAGGCACUUUCUGUUCCUGAUAGAAACUGUUGUGAGUGGAGGCUCAGAGGGGAAAACUCAUUUUGCUGAAAAGAUGAUUAUGUUCAUGUUUGACGCCAUGUUUGUUUCACAUUUACAGCUCAGAAAGGGUUUUUAGAUGUCAGAUUUACCACUGGUAUCCUUUGUUUGUUGUGGAAAAAGACUUUAAUGUAUCUAUUGAAGAAGAAAAAAUAAA